AUGGCAACGAGGCGAGUCCCCAAUACCUAUGCUGGUGAUCAGAAUAUUGUGUACCGGAAUGGCACUGGCGAUCCUCUCGUGGUCACUGGCCGAGGCUCCCACUCCUUACUGGCUGAUUUACCUCACAAACUGGGGGCUGCUGCUAGUUGCAAGCCUAUUCUUAUGCAGUCUCAUAAUGUCUUCCAUGGCAAUAUACAACAGAUCCUAUGUUGGUCGGUAAACUAUCAGACGGAUUACCUAAUGAUAACUUUCUCGUCUAUGCAACCUUUAGGAUGGAAGAAAAACAAUCAAUACGUCUACAGAAAACGCGGUCUAAAGACUAAGUCUAAUGUAGAUAAUCUCCUGUGUGUGGUGUGCCAUGUGCUAUGGACCUGUCAUUGUUCAAGCAAGACCAGCGCUAGCGAGAAUGUCUUGCACCAUUGCAGCACAAACGAGCAAUUAGAUCACCUGAUGACAAAGAAGCUGCCAUGGUAUGCCAGCCUGUACUGGGCGGUGUUCAACGUCAGCGUAACCAUCUCCAUCAUGAUCACCGCGCUUUACUGGCUACUAUUAUACAAUGCUAAAGUGCGUGAGGUAGAGACACGUGCAUUCUGGCUGGAUGUGUCAACACACGGUAUCACAUCGUGCUUGGCAGUUAUCGAGCUGUUGUUGUCGCGAACGCCGGUUCGAUUCCUGCACUUGUACCAGCCACUCAGCUUGGGACUCUGGUACGCUGUCUUCUCCUGCAUCUACUACGUGGCCGGUGGCACUGAUGCAAACGGGAAACAUUUUAUCUACGAGAUACUGGACUGGUCACAAAGCAAACGUGCAGGCAUCAUAGUCGUAGCGUCAAUGGCAGGUCUCAUCAUAGUGUAUGCCGUCAUUUGGGCCAUCGCAUUGUGUAGGGAUAAGGUGUCUACACUCUUAGUACGUACGACUAGCCACGACCUGCCCCCUGCACCGCCCGACAGACACACGGGAAUCGUCUGA